GUAGCAGGCCUCUGUAGGACAUUGACCAGACUUCCCCACUAAAGGAUGCAUGGCUUUGUGCCCGACAGAAGGAUAUCUAAAAAAAUAGUACUUACUCCACACUGGACCCUUGUGGAAAGCCUAAAGUAAAUCCGGAUCAGAACUAGACUCGUCAGCUGCAAAUGACCACUAAUCCUCGCCUUACUCCCAUCCCCCACAGCCCAGUUUGUGUGCACAGACAUCUUGUCAUUGUCUGCACCACAUACUGACUCCUUAAAGCACAGUUACUCUAAAGCACAGUCCGUGACACCACUCAGCUGCAGAGAUGAGUAAUCAAAGAGUAAUCUACUCAGAAGUCAAACUGGCCGAACACCCAAAGAGGCAGCAAACCAAACCUAGGAGCAAAAAUAGCUGCUCCAUUUCAGACAGUGAGCAGCAUAUAACCUAUGUGGAACUGAAGUUUCAUAAUGCAGCUCAGGAUCUUCAAGGAAAUGACAAGAAAUCCCACUGCAAAGAUUUUCCAGCACCUCCUGGGAGGCUCAUUGCUGGGGUCCUGGGACUCCUCUGCCUUGUCUUGAUGGCCAGUGUAAUAACCAUGACAAUCAAAGUUAUUACUCCUUAUAGUGUAAAACCGGAACAGAACAAUUCUUCUCCAAUAACAAGAACUGAGAAAGGGGAUCACUGUGGUCGAUGUCCAAAGGCCUGGUUUAUGUAUUCCAACAAUUGUUAUUACAUUAGUAUUGAGAGAAAAUCAUGGAAUAAAAGUUGGUUGGACUGUGAUUCUAAGAAAUCUAAUCUGCUUUACAUAGACAAUGAAGAAGAAAAGAAUUUCAUUAGCUCCUUCAGUGUUUUAACAUGGAUUGGAUAUAAUGGCGGUUCAACUGUCUCCUCCAAACUGUUUUCAGCAUCUCCAAAGAUGGACCAGAAUUGCCCAUUUUUUAAUUUUAUGUAUAACACGUUUUCUUCUAAACCCUGUUUUGAAGAAAAAUCAUAUUUUUGUAAGCACCAGGUUUUUGUUUCCUCUAUUCCGAAGUAGACUGCAGGGCAGUCUUGUGUAGUGGUGAAGAGCGUCAGAUGGACACUUUUGUUAGUGUCCUUCAUCAACGUACCGAUGGGGAGGAAGCAGCAUAAUAUAAAGUUUAAUGACGUGAGCAACGUCCAAUGGAGCCAGACCACUUGAGUACAAAUUCUAAUUCUACCCUAUUAGCUCUGUGAGCUAGUUACAUGGUUGUUUUGACUCAGUCUUCUUCCCUUAUAAUGUAAUAGAAAUAGUGUAUUCUUCACAGGUUAUUUGAAAAGCACUUUACAUUAGCU